AUGAACGCAGAAGAACUCAAGAAAGUUCUGGGCCACGGACUCUUUCAAAAGCGAAUAGCCUACCUUUUGUUACUGGGAGCUUUGAUCGGCACUGCCAUGCUCUUUGGUAGCGUGUUUGUCAUGUUCACUCCCCCUCAUAGAUGUUACUUGCCAGAGAUAGAUGGUAACUUAACGGACCCAUCUCCCGAUCAGAGCGUCAGCGAAGAUAACCCGUUGAGUUCUUAUGUUCCGAUUGAAUAUGAUGCGGACGGGGUGGCGCGGUGGAGUGAAUGCUAUAGAUUUGAAUAUAGAAACUUAUCUGCUGUGUUGACAACUACAUCACGCCCCGCGAACAACAUGCCAACUAACAGAACUUUGGUUUAUUGCGAUCAUGGGUGGUUUUUCUACAAGUCUAAUGGUGUUAUAACAGCGGCCACAGAGUUUGAGUUGGUUUGUGACCGCGCAUGGAUCACCCCUUUGUUUCCCUCCAUACAAAUGAUCGGCUUCAUGUUCGGUUCAAUACUCGGGGGAAUUAUGUCUGAAUAA